AUUAUAAAGAAUCUAAAAUUCAUUGUUUUGGAACACACGAUUGAUGUCAUCUUUAUUUUGUUUAUGAUUAAUCAUCCUUUAUUAUAUUACUGAAGUUCACGCGAGAGAUUGUAAUGAUAUGUAAUAAAAAAUUCGUAUCCUCUAAGGAGUUGAAUUUCGAAUUGAAUUUCAUUGAGAUUGUAGCUUAUUUGUUCACUGACUGUUUCGAGUAUGAUGAAAUGUAACCUGCCGAAAAAUUGGGUUGUACGAAGUUCAAAAUCACGUCCUGAUAGAAUAUAUUAUUUUAAUGUCAAAACAAACCAAUCAUCUUGGGAGAUGCCGACGAAUGGUCGAACAGAACAAGUUGAAAAGAAAUUAGUCCAGUCUCCUAAAAAACAUAAACAGUCAUAUAAUAUGAAAUCACAAAAGGAUAACGAUAAUCAAGUAAAGUCAAUUGCUUCAGAGCAUACUGUGUCUGGAAAAGAAACUUCAGAAAGGGAAAUACUUGUUGCUAAGUGUAAACAAAUGCAAAACAAAGUCAAUGAGGGAAAAGAAACGCCACAGAUGAAAGCAAUUCGUGAAAAGAUACUGAAGAGAAAAGAAGAAAUUGCUCUCAAAGUUUCUAAGAGUCCUAAAUCAACUAAGGAUGUUUCAAGAUCUUCAUCUUCAACACUUAAUAAAACUAAUCCGUUAGUGCAAAAAGCUAAUAGUCACACAGAUUCUAGAAAAUCUUGUACACCCCAAAUGCAGAUAUUGUUAGAAAAAAUGCAGGAAAGGAUACCAAAAAGUCCUAUAAUAAAAAAAACAGAGGAAGAUAGAAGCAAUAAUCAAGGGAAGUCAAUUAAAACACGAUUAAGAAAUCAAACUGUAUCCAAGCAAAAAGCUGUUUCUUCGGGUAACACAAGUCAGAAAGAAGUACAAAAGAGUCCAAAAGAAAAAAAUUUUGCAGGCAAAAGGAAGAAUGAACAUGAUCCUGUUGAAGUUAUUCUUGGAGUGCGAAAACAAAAAUCUAUGAAGAAAAAUUUAGCAAAAGAUCGUAUGGAAAGACUGAGAGAAAACCUAAAAAUAAUAUGUGAUGAUGAUAAUUUAAAUAAUAAUAUUUUUACAAACGAUACACCUAUGCCAUGCAUUUACAAAAAUGCAGAAGUUAGAUUGGUGCGUUUGAAGGAGCGACUUGCAAAUAAUAAGAUUUCCACUAAUAAAAAUGUAUGUACUGAUAAACUAGAGGAAACAACAAAAGUAUUGACAGAUCCAGUAACAACUGUAGAUGAUUUAAUAAAGCGGGCCAAUGAUGAUUCUUUGUAUGAAGAAAUGGAUUGGGAACCAUUGGAAGAUGAAAAAAUUACGUUUGAGGUUCAAGCUGUUAGAACAAGACUUUGUACAGAAAACAAUAUGAAUAUAUCCUGCAACGUACCUAGUACUAGUUUGAAAUAUCCUUUGUUAUCAGAACAACAAGAAAAAAAGCACUUGUACAUUGUUGUUGAUACAAACGUAUUUUUAUCAAAUAUUGAUGCUGUUGAAUUGGCAAGAGAAACUAUUUUUAAAACUUAUGAUCAUUCGAUAAUUCUAGUACCAUGGACUGUUAUACGUGAACUUGAUUAUAUUAAGGAUGAUAAUGGCAAAUCAAAAUCAAAAUCAUUAUGUUACAAAGCCAGAAAAGCUAUAAAUUAUAUCAAUAAACUUUUCUCUUCUAAAAAAUCAUACAUAAUUGGUCAAACACCAGAAGAUGUUACAAAAAAUAAAGAAAAAUUUUCUGUUGAUUGCCCAGAUGAUGAAAUUCUACAGGCUUGUUUACAAAUUCGUGAUUUAGGAAAGUCAGCGGUUUUAUUAUCAUAUGAUGUCAAUCUUUGCAAUAAAGCAAUGAUUCAUGAUAUUGUAACGCUUGGAAGAAAUGAUCCCAUUGAAAAAAUCGACUAUCUUAAUGCCACUAAUAUGAAUCAAUCAUUGUCUGUUUCUAAUGAUGAAGAUCAAGAAAGGUUCAGUCUAAGUUCAACAAUUUUAUCUGAGGAAUUACAAUUGUCAAAUGAAAUAUAUGAGGACAUAAAAAGUGUUAUAAGAGACUUUUUAACAGUGAUAGUUAGUAAAGAAAUGGGUGCAUUAUAUGGAGCAUCUUGGGAAAAAUAUGUUAUUCUAAAACCACCUUGGACAGUUGAGACUGUUUUACAGUGUGCUGUAAAACAUUGGAUAGCUGCUGUAAGUGAAUCAUUUAGGCGAGAAGCAGAAGUUAUUUUGAAAGAAUUGUUGCAGAUAUUUAAAGAUAGAUCUGAUCAAAAAACUUUGAAGGAAGAUAGUUAUAUUUUAGAUAAGUGUAAUGAUUUGGUACAAAUGGUUAACAUAGAUAAAUAUAAAGAUUUAGUAUUACGAAUUUCUCAAAAAAUUAAUGAGUUAAAAGACAAAUGUCGUGGAUAUGAAUGUCAAAUAAAUGAUUACAAAUUAUGCAAUGCAAUUGGAGUUGAAAACAAUAUUGAGGGACAAGAACAUAGGGCACAAAAAGCUUUUCAGUAUUUUGAAGCAGCAUAUAUCUUUGCUCGCGAUAUGGCUGGUAUGGCAGCUGAAGCGAUGGGGAUGCCUUGUAGUUUUCACUACAACAUUCCUAAUCCAAUUCCGAAUAUGUGCUUUGUAAAACAAAUACAACCGGAACUAGCAACGAACGUGAAUCAAUUAUUAUGCAGUCUAAGCGCUGUCAUAGAACAAGUUAGAAAUUCUAAUGUGGACUAUCGAACAUUGAUAAAUUUACAUCAGAUACUAAUAACGUUUCUACCUGAAACUGCACCAAUGACACUGAAAUUAAUUGAUAUCGAUAUAGAGCCUCUUGAUGUAUAUUGUUGCGUAAAGCGAAAGGAAGAUGUACUGAAUAGAGGUUUACGUCAGCUCCAGGAACUUAAUACCCAUUUUUGCAGACUAGCAAGCUGUCAGUGUACAUAAAUAGAUAUAUAUAUACACAUACAUAUAUAUAUAUAUAUACAUAUGUAUCUAACAUAUAGAUGUAUAUUGACCAAAAUCCUUUUGAAUUUAGUUACAUACAUUUUUUAUAAUGUUCAAUAAUACUUGAGAUAUUAUAUGCAACAUAAUCGUAAUGUUAUUUGUAUGAUGAUAUUUUUUUUUACAGAAAGUAUUAACAUCUUAAAUAUUUUUAUUAACGAUUCUGUAUAAUACAAGAAAUAACUUUUGGAAAAUGUGAAAAAUAAAAAUGCAUAGCCAGAAUAAUAAUAAGUAUUGAAUAAUGUUCCCUGGCAAUCUUUAGUAAAAUAAUUUAACAAUGCUCUAGCGAUCGAGCAUUACCUUUGUAAAAAGGUAACUAAUUUCUGUAUAGUUUUGGAAAUCCUUCUAAAGGUGGUUGUAACCAGUUUUCUUUCGAAUAAGAGGUAUGCUGCGUUUCGAUUACAUGAAAUGUGUAAGCAUGCCUCGAUUUGUCGUUUUUAUUUGGGUAUGAGAAAUGUACCACUUGUCCAUGGAUGAGAAUGCAGGUUCCUUUACUAACUGGUACUGGUCGAAAAUUACUAAGUUGAUAACAAGGUGCAGCUCUGUCGUAGAUCAACAGUUCCUUGGAAUCUGGAUCUUUGUUUCUUACGUAACGCCGAUGAACGCCACUUUUAUGAGAACCUGGCGCGAUCCAUAGGCAUCCAUUUUCUUGAGUAGCGUCUUCCAAAGCGAUCCAGAAACCAAUUAGCUUCACUGGGUCGGUGUACAAAUAUGUUGCAUCUUGGUGCAUCAUUACUAUUACAAAAUCGAUUUACAUUCAAUUAGCGCAGAAUAAAUUAAUUUAUUUAAC